CUCCACUCCGUUAUCCAUCUCCAACACUUCCACACACAAUGACACUUCCUCAGAACUCAUUCCCCGCUGGGGUCCCCACCGCGCCGAAGGCGAUGCUGCAAAACAGGGGUAAGGGUAACUGGAAGCACAACAUCAAGCCCUACAGCAAGCCCAAGAGUGACGACACCACUACCCUUCCCCCCCGCAAGCCCCGCCACCCCCGGUCACUAGAUUGGAAUACCUGGAGCCAGCUGGACGACGCCGCAAAGGAAACGGUGAUGGAAUACCUGAACGAGCAGGCCACCCCCCUCUGGCAGACCGAGGGAUGGAGUCAGGACCCGCUCUUCCAACGGACUCCUCUUGAAAGCGAGAACCCCCAGGCGCGCAAGGCAGUCGCCAUCGACUGCGAGAUGGUUGGAACUUACCCUGACGGGGAGGAGUUGGUGCAGGUGUGUCUCGUCGACGUGCUGACCCGAAAGCUCAUCCUCGAUCUCGCGGUCAUCCCCACCGCCCCGGUCAUGGACUGGCGAACCUCUUACAGCGGGAUGACCAAGGCGCUGCUGCACUGGCGGAAGAGCCGCGGCGAGACGGUGUACGGAUGGGAAGCCGCCCGUCGAGCGGUCUUCCGGUAUAUCAACGCGGAUACGGUGCUGGUCGGCCACAGUCUUCAUGUUGAUCUGGAGGCUUUGGGUAUCCUCCAUGAUCGGGUCGUGGACACUUAUCUUCUGGUCCGGCGAGAGACCGCAGCCGGGAGGGUGGCCCGUCACCGGAGCAGCCACAAGCUCAAGAGCUUGGUUGAAGAGUGUCGAGGUGUUAGCAUCCAGGCCGAUCCCUUUGGCCAUUGCUGUUCGGAGGAUACGUUUGGCGCUCGUGAAGUGUUGUUGUGGUGUUGUUUGCGCCCGACGCUCCUGCGGGAUGAUGUGAUGGACUUUCUGUGA